UGCUUUUGUUAUUUUUUGCUGUGGUCCCGUGUUGGUUUGUUAACCAUUCUUGCUGAAAAUCUGAGAUUCAAACAUUAUCUCAGCCAUCACUACAAACUACAUGGUUUGUAACAUAACACCAAACAUAUUUUCCGGUGGAUUAUUUCACUAAGAUGCUACGAGCUACAAGAAAAGGCUUGAAGGUAACGACUCAGGGGUGUCCAAGUGCUGUCUGGCUCAGUUUUGAGUUCAUUCUGUUGUGCUCUGUCCACAGGUGGGGGAAAAAAAAGACAACUGGCUUAACAGAUGUACAAAAUGGAGGAGAUGACAGUACAUAAGUCUCCAGAAAGCUGUGCAUGUGAAGAGGUGACCUUGGAAGAAGGAAGGCAUUCUAAGAAAAAAGAAAAGUUGGUGCUACACAGUAGCCUCCUUUUCAUGGAAAGCGUGGACAUUAAGAAAGAAGAACCUGAAUGGGAGUCCGCACAUCAUCAGCUGGAAAGCCUUGGAAUUAAAAGGGAGGAUUGUGAAUGGGGGUCAGUAAACAUUAAGGUCGAAUCUGAACCAGGAUCUUUUAGCAUUAACAUGCAGAAAAAUGAAGUUGUAAAUGGCAUUAAGGAGGAAGCCAUCACUUCUGAGUCUUUGUCUCGGUCUGUGUAUCCUGACAAAGAGGUCUCUCAGUUAGACUUUACGUUAAGCAGCGACCAUCUUCUACAGCCUCUGGUCCAAUCAGAGUGUGACAUGAAGAGGGCUAAGAAGGCAUCAUGUUCAAGACAUUCUACAGAAGAUUUACAGCAGAGUGGUUGUGUCUUUCCACCACCUUUUAUUCAGACCUCACCUCAGUUCAGACCACAAGAGCCACUGCAUGAUGAAAAUAUGAAGGUACUGAAAUGUGGAUCAGAGAUUUUAACACCAACAACUAUACAGGAUAUUUCUUCACACACUAUGAAAUGUACAAGAACUGACACUAUAAAUAUUCAACAACAGGUACAAACUUCAAAUUCAGCAGCUUUGUAUGUCUCUGAAGAUUUGAAGAACACAAUUCAAUGCAAAUCUGAAGACAAAGAUGAACAGAAGAGUUAUAUAAAACGGGAACUAUAUUGCUGUUCUGAAUGUGGAAAGCAAUUCUCCACAAGUAACCGUCUUCAGACCCACACAAGAGUUCACACUGGAGAGAAGCCAUAUUGCUGUUCUGAAUGUGGGAAGCGGUUUACCACAAAUAGCAGUCUUCAGAUACACAAACGCAUUCACACUGAAGAGAAGCCAUAUUGCUGUUCUGAGUGUGGCAAACGAUUCUCCCAGAAUAGCAAUCUUAAGACCCACUUAAGAAUCCACACUGAGGAGAAGCCAUAUUCCUGUUCUGAUUGUGGUAAGAAAUUCUCGCAAGUAAGCCAUCUUCAGUCCCACACACGAAUGCACACUGGAGAGAAACCAUAUUGCUGUUCUAAAUGUGGCAAACAUUUUUACAAGAGCAAUGAUCUUCAGGUCCACAUGAGAAUUCAUACUGGAGAGAAACCAUAUGGCUGUUCUGAAUGUGGCAAGAGAUUCAUCACCAGUGCCAAGCUUCAGAUCCACACAAGAAUUCACACUGGAGAGAAGCCAUAUUGCUGUCCUGAUUGUGGCAAACAAUUCUCACGAACAAACUAUCUUCGCAUUCAUAGGAGAAUUCACAGUGGUGAGAAGCCAUAUUGUUGUUCUGACUGUGGAAAACAGUUCACUCAAAUAGGUAAUCUUCAGAUUCACACAAGAACUCACACUGGACAGAAACCAUAUUGCUGCCCUGAAUGUGGUAAACAAUUCACCACCAAUAGCAGUCUUCAGACCCACCAAAGAAUCCACACUGAAGAGAAACCAUAUUGCUGUUCUGACUGUGGCAAACAAUAUUCACGAAUGAACUAUCUUCAUAUCCACCGGAGAAUUCAUACUGGAGAAAAGCCAUAUUGCUGUUCUGAAUGUGGCAAACGUUUCACAGCCAAUAGUAGUUUUCAGACCCACAGAAGAAUCCACACUGAAGAGAAGCCAUAUUGCUGUUCUGAAUGUGGCAAGCGAUUCUCCUCUAGUAGCGAUCUUAAAAAACAUUUACGAAUUCACACCGGAGAGAAGCCAUUUUGUUGUCGUGAAUGUGGCAAACGAUUCACUACCACCAGCACCCUUCAGACCCACACAAGAAUCCACACUGAAGAGAAACCAUAUAGCUGUUCUGAAUGUGGCAAACGAUUCACGACCACAAGCACUCUUCAAACCCACAAAAGAAUUCAUACUGGGGAGAAACCAUAUUGCUCAUACUGUCCUGAAUGUGGAAAAAUGUUCUCUAAUAAGAGCAACCUUCAAGUGCACAAAAAAGUUCACACUGGGGAAAAGCCAUAUUGUUGUUCUGAAUGUGGCAAACGAUACACUGAAAAACGCAAUCUUCAGAUCCACACAAGAAGUCACACUGGGGAGAAACCAUAUUCCUGUAAACAAUGUGGCAAACAAUACUCUGACAAAAGCUAUCUCCAGACUCACAUGAGAAUUCAUACUGGAGAGAAACCCUAUUGCUGUACUGAAUGUGGCAAGCGAUUUUUAAAAUUUACCAUUCUUCAGAUCCACAUGAGAAGUCACACUGGGGAAAAACCAUAUUGCUGUUCUGAAUGCGGCAAACAAUUCUCUGAUAAACGCAAUCUUCAGAUCCACACUAGACUUCACACUGGAGAGAAGCCAUAUUCCUGUUCUGAAUGUGACAAAUGUUUUAACAACAGGAGUAGUCUUUGGAAACACAAAAAAAUUCAUGCUGGAGAGAAGCCAUAUGCCUGUUCUGAAUGUGACAAACGAUUCUUAGACAUAAGCGCUCUUCAGACCCACACAAGAGUUCACACUGGAGAAAAGCCAUAUUGCUGCUUGGAAUGUGGCAGACGAUUCUCAGAAAAACGCAAUCUUAAGAUGCACACAAGACUUCACAGUGAAGAGAAACCAUUUUGCUGUUCAGAAUGUGGCAAGCAAUUCUGUGACAAACGUCUUCUUCAGACUCACACCAUAAUUCACACAGGAAAGAAGCCCUAUAGUUGUCCAGAAUGUGGCAAACGAUUCUCCAGAAGUACCCAUCUUCAGACUCACAUGAAAGUACACACUGGUGAGAAGCCAUAUAGCUGUUUGGAAUGUGGCAAACAAUUCUCACAAAUGAACACUCUUCUUAUCCACACUAGAAUUCACACUGGAGAAAAGCCAUAUUGCUGUUCUGAGUGUGGCAAAAGUUUUACUGAUAAACGCAAUCUUCAGGUCCAUACUAGAAGUCACACUGGAGAGAAGCCAUAUAGUUGUUCUGAAUGUGACAAACGAUAUUCUAACAAACACAAUCUUCAGAUCCACAGAAGAAUUCACACUGGAGAGAAGCCAUUUUGCUGUUUUGUAUGUGGCAAACAAUUUGCUGACAAACGCAAUCUCGAGACCCACACUAGAAUUCACACCGGAGAGAAGCCAUACUGCUGUUCUGAUUGUAGCAAAGGAUUUUCCAACAUUAGCAGUCUUUGCAGACACAGAAGAAUUCACACUGGAGAUAAGGAGCAAAGGUCUACCAUGAACUCUCCCAGCCUGUGCAUUGACAAUAAUGGUGCUACUGGCUAGACAACAGACAGA